AUGCCUUCUUAUGUCGUGACAGGAGCCUCGCGCGGCCUAGGCUAUGCCUGGAUUACUCACCUUGCCUCUCUCUCAUCCAAUACGGUCAUUGCUAUCGUACGAAACAAGUCGGCAACAGAGGCUCGCCUAUCUAAAGACGGAAUCACGAACAUCCAUGUUCUCUCUGCCGAUGUCACAGACAUUGCGGCAGUGCAAGCGGCAGCCGAUGCGACUGCCACCAUCACGGGCGGUGGUCUGGAUAUCCUCAUCCACAAUGCUGCAUUGGUCAGCGAACGCAGCGCGUUCAAAACACCACUUGAGAUGCCACCCCAAGAAUUCGAAGAUGACUUGAUGGAAAGUUUCAAGGCGAAUGUWGUGGGAGCCUCGCACGUCCUCUCUUCUUUCCUGCCUUUGAUCCGGAAGGGAAACGUGAAGAAGAUGAUCGUGACCAGCACUGGGAUGGCAGAUGAGGGCCUUGUAACUGGCUUUGAUGUUGCGGUUGCGGCUCCGUAUAGUAUCUCGAAAGCUGCAGUCAAUAUGCUGGUUGCCAAGUACCAUGCAACUGUCGGGAGGAGCGAGGGAAUCCUGGUGCUGGCUAUGAGUCCCGGUUAUGUCGAUACGUCGGAGGGCAAGUCGACGAGCGAAGAAGACCUCAAGGUAGCACAAGCUAUGGGCGCGAAGUUUGCUAAAUUCGCUCCUCAUUUUACUGGCCCGACUUCGCCAUCACAGAGUGUGGAGGACCAGUUGAAGGUGAUUGAGAGAGCGACCGUUGAGGAGUUUGGCGGUCAAUUUGUCAGCCACUUUGGCAACAAGAGGUGGUUGUGA